GACUUAUACGAACUAACCAAGUGUUUUAUGCAUGUAAAUAUAUUGUGGAAAUAGCAAAAAUAAACUUGUGAAACUUUUAAUCGAGUACUUGUACUAUGCCACGAUAAAUGUGUCAAAACUAGCUCUGAGCUGUGACCUUUGAUAAAGUAGUUAUCAGUGCCAUAACAUUUGAAUACUAUGAGUUUCAAAAUAGCAAUUGUCCAAUUGGCAGUUGGGCCAGACAAGACAAAGAAUAUAGCAAAUGCUGUUAAGGAAAUCCACAAAGCCAAAGAGAAAGGUGCUCAAUUAAUAGCCUUGCCUGAGUGUUUUAAUUCACCAUAUGGUACCCAGUACUUCAACGAGUAUGCAGAAGAAGUACCAUCUGGGGCAACAUGCAGAGCCCUGUCACAAGCCGCAGCAGAGGCUGGCGUGUGUGUUGUGGGUGGUACACUCCCAGAGCGCUGUGGCCCCAAGCUCUAUAAUACAUGUACCGUAUGGGACAGUGCUGGAAAACUGCUUGCUAAGCAUAGGAAGGUGCAUCUAUUCGAUAUAGACAUUCCAAAUAAGAUAACAUUCAAAGAGUCGGAGGUGCUGAGCGCGGGAGAUCAGAUCACGACAUUCGAAUUCCAGGGCGUCAAGAUCGGACUGGGUAUUUGCUACGAUCUUAGGUUCCCGGAGAUGGCGCGCCUUAUGGCUGACCAAGGUUGUUCGUUGCUUGUAUACCCGGGUGCGUUCAACAUGACUACCGGUCCGAAGCACUGGGAGUUAUUGGGGCGGGCGCGCGCCACCGACCUUCAGCUUUGGGUGGCGCUAGUGAGCCCUGCCCGCGACACUAGCGCCGGCUACGUUGCGUGGGGAUAUUCUACACUAAUAGAUCCAUGGGGAAGCCCCGUUGCUAAGUUAGAUGAGAAAGCAGGGACACUGUUUGCCGACAUAGAUCUUUCUACAAUUGAAGAAGUAAGAAAUCAAAUACCAAUAAGAUGUCAAAGAAGAACAGACAUUUACAAUACGAUUCAAAUAUCAAAAUGAAUCGUCGAAUGAUCUGUGUUGUAAGAUUAGUUGUUUCAAAAAAUGGAAAAUAGAACAAUGGAUUUAUUGUUAUAUUUUAUAAUGAAGGUUUACAUUUCAUAUUUAAUUGUCUAA